ACCUGCUGCAUAAGUUCUCCUAAACUGCUACGAAAAAGACGUAGUUGUAUCGAAGUAGCGUAUUUUUAGGGAAUCUCCCCAGCUAAGUCCUAUCCUAGCCUAGCCUAGAUACGUAUAUUGUUCAUUUUCCUUGCGCCUGAAAACGACACUGAUGGCCGCCUACACUUCAACGAACGACACCCUGUGUGCUUAUCAUUCCUUUGUCUGUGAGCGGUUGACACCGUUUCCUUGAACGGGGGAUAGAGAGCUGAAAAGAAGAAAGAAACAGAGCGCAAUAGCCUUCUUCUUCGCGUAUAGCCGCAGCCCACAGGACGGCGGCGCGUACACGGUGGAGUAGCACAGACCGCAGUUCCCGGUACUGAAGACGGUGACGAGGGCUCAUUCUCUCUGCAAGGGAAGGAGGGCGGGGUCUCGUAGCGUCAGCCCUCUCAUUGUAUGUCGGCUGCUGAUGCUGAGCACUAGCGGAGAAAAAAAACCCAGGGCCAUGGAUACGGUUUUAAAAACCUUAGGCCUUAAUACAUUGUGGAGAUUAAUUGCACGCUCUACUGUCUACUAAGAUAAUGAGGAAGAGGAAGAACUGGAAACCUCGGGAGGGCCUCUGUUCAUUUCUAUGAAGUCUCUAUGAAAGCAUUGGAGGAGCCGUAGUAUUUGACUCAAUGGCGAAGAAGGGCCGUACCAAGGGCGAGAAGCCCGAAGCGCUCAUCUCUGCCCUACAGGCAGCUAACGAAGAUCUCAGGUCCAAAUUGACUGACAUUCAAAUAGAACUGCAUCAAGAGAAAUGCAAGGUGAGUAAGUUGGAGCGUGAGAAGGUGCAAGAGUGCAAGCGGAUCCGGGAGCAGGAGCAGCACCGGCACACGGCCACGCUGACAGAGCAGCGAGCCAAAUGGCACGAGGAGAAGCAAAAAGAGCUCCAGGCACUCAGGGAGAACCUGGUCCGCCAGCACGAGCAGGAGCAGGCCCGGAUGGCCAAGAUCAAGGACCAGGAGAACCAGCGGCUCAAGGCGGCGCUGAGCGCCAUGCGGGACGGCAGCGGAGAGAAGGUGCGCACGGCGCUGACCCUAGAGGCCAAGGAGGAGGCACGACGCUUUUUCGACGUGGAGAGGGUCAAGCUGCUGCAAGAGAUCUCGGAGCUCAAGCAGAACAAAAAGCAGACGGACGAGGCACUCAGCACCAUGAUCCAGGCGGAUAAGAUGAAGGCUGGGGAUCUGCGCUCCGAGCAUCAGAUGCACCAGGAACAGAUCUCCAAGAUCAAGUGGGACAGCGAGAAGGACAUCCGCAGACUGGUGGAUGAGAUCAAAUCCAAAGAGCGCACCAUCUUCUCUCUGGAGAAGGAGCUGGAGAAUGCCAUUGGCUUGCUGCAGAAGAUGCAGAUGCAAAAGGAUGCCCUGGAUGACCAGCUGUUCCUGGUCAAGGAGGCAGAGUGUAACCUGGGCAGCCCCAAGAGAGAGAUCCCCGGGCGGGCUGGGGACGGGGCGGAGCACUGUGGCAGCCCGGUACGACAUAGAAAGGCAGAGGGGAACUUGGAAAUGGACAUGCGCAGGAACCAGAGACGAAUGGCUGACCUCAACUCCACCAUCCGCAAGCUGGAGGACCGCAACUCACUGCUAGUGGAUGAGAGGAAUGAACUGCUAAAGCGUGUGCGGGAGUCGGAGAAGCAGUGCAAGCCCAUGCUGGAAAAGAACAAGAUGCUGAACAAGAGGAACGAUGACCUCAGCCAGACCCUGCAGCGCAUGGAAGAGAAACUCAAAGGCCUGGCCAAAGAGAACCUGGAGAUGAAGGAGAAGAUCAGCUCCCACCCACCGCUGAAGAAAUCCAACUGUAAGUCUCUGAAUGAUCUGGACCAGGCACAUGACGACCAGGAGAUUGAGUUCCUUAAGCUGCAGGUACUGGAGCAGCAGAGCAUCAUCGACGAGCUGACAAGAGAUAGGGAAAAGCUCCUGCGGAAGAAGAGGCAUAAACGAAGCAACAGGCAAAUAAAGAGGCACAUUGUAGUGGACACCUUCUUCGGAUACGAUGAGGAAUCCAUGGACUCGGAGACGUCCUCUGUGGCUUCGUUUCGCAUGGACCGCACCCCAGCCACUCCUGAUGAAGACCUGGUUGAGGGACUGGCUAACGAGGAGUCGGAGCUGCGCUUCAGGCAGCUGACCAGAGAAUACCAGGCCUUACAGAGGGCAUACGCCCUGCUACAGGAACAUCAAGGGGGCCUUCUAGAUGCUGAGAUGGAAGCUAAGGCUCAGGAGCAGCUCCAUGCAGACGUUCUCAGGUACAAGGCCAAGAUAGAAGACCUGGAGAAGGAGCUCGCCCACAAAGGACAGGACUCCAAGUGGGUAGAGGAGAAACAGCUGUUCUUCAGGAGGAAUCAAGAGCUGCUGGAUAAGGUGGAGAAGUUGGAUGGAAAAUGUAGUCGACAGCAACAGGAGCUGCAAGACUCCAAGGACCAGAAUGAGCUCCUGGAAUUCAGAAUACUGGAACUAGAGGAGCGUGAGCGGAAGUCCCCUCCGUUUAAUCAUCUCCGCAUGCAUCCGUUCUCCGAGGGUGUCAGCGCCCUGCAGAUCUACUGCAUGAAGGAAGGAGUGAAGGAUGUCUGUAUACCUGACCUGAUCAAGCUGCUAGACAUUCUGGGUGAUAACGGGAACUUACGAAAUGAGGAGCAAGUGGCCAUUAUUCAAGCUAGCACUGUCCUUUCUCUUGCUGAAAAGUGGAUACAACAGAUCGAGGGCACAGAGGCAGCGCUGCACCAGAAGAUGAUGGAUCUGGAGCUGGAGAUGGAGAUGUUCUGCAAGCAGAAAGGCUAUUUGGAGGAGGAGCUGGAUUACAGGAAGUCAGCCCUGGAUCAGGCCUACGUGCAAAUCCAGGAGCUGGAGGCUACUCUGUACAACGCACUGCAGCAGGAUAAGGUGAUCGGCUACGGCGAGCCUCUCAGUGACAUGCAGAAGGAUGAGCUUCGUACGUCCGUGGAGAAGCUACGCAGGCAGAUGCUGAGGAAGAGCAGAGAGUUCGACUGUCAGGUUCUGGCUGAGAGGAUGGAGCUGCUCCACCAAGCCCAUCAGAGAAUCCGGGACUUGGAGGAUAAGACAGACAUCCAGAGGAGACAAAUUAAGGAUCUGGAGGAGAAGUUUUUGUUUCUGUUCUUAUUCUUUUCUCUUGCCUUUAUCAUUUGGCCUUGAUGUCUUGUGACAUCUCCUGCAGCAGAGCCUGGAGAUUGUGUUUGUGACUGCAGUGGUUUUCAUUUUUUGGUGAAGCGAGUCAUCUUUUUGGCUCAUGUUGUAAUAGUGAGUGGUAAUGGACAUGGCUGGGAAUUCACACCUCUUUGAUUUGGGACCUCACACUGGGGAUACACACCAUGUAUGCUGCACUGCACUGUCCUGGUCCUUGGAACAUGGAACUUCCCUAAACUCGGUGGGGUAACUGGAAUAGAAACCUCAGUCGGAAAACACACACACAUUCGCAAACACUCAUAUACACUGGACACGCUAACACAAACAUACUGGAAACACACACACACACACACACACAAAUAUAACACACACACACAUACACAGGCAGACAGAGACACACACACAUCACACGUGCGCGCCCACACACACAUACAGUACAUACACACACCAAACCCACUCACAGACAUCAAGGAACCCAAAGUCUGGGAGAUCUUAUCUCUGCCAUGCAGGGGAACAUUACACCACCUACCACCAUCCAACUACACCAACAGCAAGACUACACCCAAACUACACCCAGACUUCAGACUGCCGACACCCAGACUACACCCACACUUCAGACUGCCUACACCCAAACUACACCCAGACAACACCCAGACUUCAGACUGCCUACACCCAGACUACGCCCCGACUAUACCCAGACUUCAGACUGACUACAACCUGACUAGACCCAGACUUCACCCAUACUUCAGACAAGAGAGGAAAGGAAAGGCUGCUGUAGGCUUCAUCAGGAGGCCUCACCAGACCACGGAGUCCUUACUCUCUCCCUCUCCUCUCCCUCUUAUAAACCCGAACGGAUGCUCGUAUGUGUGAGCGCACCCCUUCACAGGAGCGACGAGACCUGACUCAGGGCCUGUGAGCACGGUGACUGACUGAUCUGAUGGUGACUGACUGACUGUUCUCUGACCAGGAGACACGGGACAUGGGACACUCAGGAUAAUGUGUCUCCUCUGGUCUGAAGCAGAUCAGGGGAUGGCAGAGCGAGAGAAGGAUGGGAGAGAGAGAGGAUCCACUAUGUGCUCACACACUGACCGGGCUUCUGUUUUGAGACCUUCACUUUCUUUGUUUUGAACCAGCGGACAUAAUGGACGUCUCUGGUUCUACUACUUUUCCUUUCUGAACAAACCAACAGUCCCAGUCGAUCCCCAUGUACCAAGAUUUCCACAGAGAAAAAAAAACCUCUCUAUAUACAUGUGUUGAUAUGUACAUUGUGUCUUGAUGAUUUCCUGUAGUUUCUUUCCUUUCUUCUGUGAAUAUGAACGCUGUCCCCUCUACAGUAGAGCUGCUCGGCAGUUUCUGAAUACCACAACGUAUGAAUUGCUCUGUUUAUUGUGGCGACAGCUGCAAAAUGAACUCUAUUUCCUCGAUUGUACUGAACUUAAAAUAAUUGGUAUAAUAAUAUUUUCCUCCCCCCCUUUUCCCUGUCACAUUCCCUCUAUUUUGUACUCUUUCAAGAUAAUCAACUGUAGCCUACCAGCAGGAGUUUCAUGGUUUAUACUGAAUGAAGUUUAACACUCCCUUUAAAAGAACAGGACUAUCUACAGCAAGCUGUAAAUACUACAUCCUGUUUACCUACCUACAUCCUAAACAGCUUUGUCUGAUUAUGGUCAUCGUCAUCUCAGCAAAGUGACCAUGAACACUGUACAGUACCUCUUGCAGCAAUGACAUGUCGUUUGCUUUACUCUAUUUCACUAACACCUCUUUCAGCACCAUGGACACCACAGGGGUUGGUUCUAACCUUCCUACUACCCCCCCACCCCCUUCUCCAAACUGAAAUAGGAGAAAGUUGAUGCAAUGUAUACCUGCCUGGUUCUGCUUCUCUCCUUUCACCCUGACUAUGUCCUGGUCCUGCAAUAUUAACUACCUUCCCCGUUCAACCCCCUCACCCACAUCCACCCGAGCUAGCGUCCCCUCCCGACCCUAUUCAGAGGCCUAGGAACCCAAGGCAUCCCAUUACAUGCCUGUACAUACAUGAACGUGGCCCACUUCUGUUACGUUACAAUGUAGGGGAAUGUUUGACACUAUUUUGGAGCAAACUCCGCUAACUAGCGAUUGCCUUAAAUGCGCUAUCCCCAUCAAUUUGUACUUUCUUUUUAACGAUUAUGUUUUUUGGUCCGUUAAUAUGAUUAUGUAACGUUGUACAUUUCUGUUCACCGAGGACAUUGUUUUGUAAAUCUUUACCCUCCUGUUUUCCAAUGAGAAUUUAACCCCCUCCUCUUCUUUCAAGUAUAUAUAAAAAAAAAAAGGGAUAAUGAUGAAAAUAAAAGCGAAUGGACUUCA